CGCGAUACGAGACCGAAAUCCACCCGAACGUGAAAACACAAGCACUGUUGUGUCUGUGGAAGGCACUCUGCGUGGGGGUGAACGCUUGAUGCUACUGGUGGUCUUGAGGGGGAGUCGUUCCGAUCAUGUUUGAUUUUUAAUUACCAACGGUUUGACGUACAACGGACAUUGAGGGAAACGCUUUGCGAACACUGUUCGCACUGUUUGCCCGUAUAGCUGGACUGGACUGGCGGACCUUGUACAGAUGCUGCCCCAGCGGAGAAGGUGGCAUGAAUAAGAAGGAGGGGAGGAUGUGUUCUCGUUUUCCAUACGGAUAACGUUUGUCUUGCGGAAAAAACGUGGAUAUCGUGAGGCGAACCCGUUACUUUUCCUCCCCCGAUUCGCGAUGGGACAGUGUGCGUAUAUUGCUUUGCCGAAUGGAUUUUUGGGCGUCAAAGUGCCUCUGGGCCGCAGUUUGGCGUACGGAGUCCGAAUUCGGGGACUAGAUAGCUAGCCGUGCUAGCCGCAGUUACCCGAUGCUGCUGCUAUCGCGCGGAUCCACACGGGAACACAAGCGGCUGGAGUCUUGGGCCCUGGCGUUGCGAGAGCUAUUGCUUUAUCGGAGGAAGAUCCCCAGAGAAAUUAUUUGUUAUGUGAUGCUUUGCAUGUUCUUUUAGCCAGAUCAAACGUUGCUAUACAGUGGGAAAAUGGGUUUUGCUGCAAUGUGUGGACAAAAUAGUGCAAGGGAGAACACCAACAACAGCAGUCCGAACGGGCGAGUUAAAUGAGAACAAUCAGCUGGUAUCUAAAAGUCGCUCGUUCAACCUUUCUACGUCUAUGAUACACUGAUCGCGCCACGCGUUUUCCCCCUCAUAAUAUACAUAACGUAGAACCAAGAAUUGAAGGGGAAAUAUGGAUAAACUGACUAUAAUAUCAGGGUGCCUCUUUUUGGCUGCAGAUAUCUUUGCAAUAGCCAGUAUUGCAAAUCCGGAUUGGAUCAACACUGGUGAAUCGGCAGGUGCGCUGACGGUGGGUCUGGUGCGGCAGUGCCAGACCAUCCACGGGCGGGACCGGACCUGCAUCCCGCCGCGGCUCCCGCCCGAAUGGGUCACCACACUGUUCUUCAUCAUCAUGGGCAUCAUCUCGCUCACCGUCACCUGUGGCCUCCUGGUGGCGUCACACUGGCGCCGCGAAGCCACCAAGUACGCCCGCUGGAUCGCCUUCACCGGCAUGAUCCUGUUCUGCAUGGCGGCGCUCAUCUUCCCCAUAGGCUUCUACAUCAACGAGGUGGGGGGCCAGCCGUACAAGCUGCCCAACAACACGGUGGUGGGCUCCUCCUACGUGCUGUUUGUGCUCUCCAUCUUCUUCACCAUUGUGGGACUACUGUUUGCUGGGAAGGUCUGCCUCCCGGGCUGACGGCCGUGCCAACGCCCGCCGUCCUGGAGCUACCGAAGGGGGGGCGUUUGGAGGAGCGUUUGUUUUUUGUCUGUUAAUUUUUACAGAACAGACGAAAAAGAAGAAUAUCAACAAACAAACGAGGAGAACAAACGAGUCGAGCCCGUCCCCGUUUUGUGGCCGGCUCCGCGGGGGGGGGGGAGGGAAACGUCUUAAGCGCAGAGGGACGUCGGCCACAUCUCCCGAAGGCUGGCUCGCCGUCAUCGGACGUGAAAAAGGAAUAAACGAACCGAGGGAGCGGAGAGAGAGAGAGAGAGAGAGAGAGGGGGGGGGGGGGGGAGAGAAGGGGAUCUCCGGACUCAGACCGCUGGAGGGCUGCGGGGACAGCCUAGGCCUUCCCUGCCCAGGUUUAUUUAAAACAUACUUUGGUCCUCUCCUUAUCUCGGUCUAUGUUUGUAUUUUUUGGGUUGUUCUCUUUCGGUGCACUUUUUUUGGAGCGUGAUCUCGGAGACAGCUGGCAUUCCUGGGAGACGGGGUGGAGGCGGGGGGGAAAACAGUUGGAGCAAGAACAAGCGGUGGUGGUGGUGGGGAAGGGGGGGGAAGGGGAGGGAGAGUCGUGGGAUCUGGCGGCCGCUAUGCGCAUUAAUGCUGCUGUCAUGGUUACGGUGCCCCCCCCCAUAGAUGUUACCACCGUUGCUAUUUCUGGUUCCUCAAAGCAUUUUUUUCAGUUGUGUGUGUUUGUUUUUGGUACUUUCACCCCCCCCCCCCCCCCCCCUACUUCCCCUGCAUUUUCACUGAAGCAGUUUUACUGUAGAUGCUAUUUUUUCAUGUUAUGUUCUAUCCCAAACAAAACGGGAGGGAAAGCGCUGGAUGUGGGAGGUCAGGGCGGGUGAGACGGGGCCUCUGACGAAACAAAAAGCAAGGCAUUAACACAGGGUGUACCCCCGCCCCUCGCUCUUAUUGUGUCAUGGCUCGGGCCCCACCCAAAGCGUGACCUUUUUGACAACGCAUGGCAACGCCCCGCAAUCUCUCUAGUGGCUGCUUGUGGGAGCUAACUACUUUUGAGGAGGGAAAUGCUUUAAACCAGGAAAUGAAAUUCCCCACGAGUCCGUAUGGUCCUCCAGUACUCACUGGAUGUUGAAUGGCCAAUCGCAUGGCCAAACGCUGCAAGACGCACUCAUUUGCAUAAAGUUAACUGAAGUUCAAAUCUCGUCCCGCCCCUUCAACACGCCACAAUCCAACGCCCGCAAUCUAGCCUUCCCAUAAUCCCUGGCGAAUCCCACGAGAGCACGCAUCCAGAACGUGAAUUGGAGGUGAGAGCCAUUGAAUGGGAGGUGGGAGCCACACUCAAGGAAAGGUGGGGCAGUGCCGUCAAGUAGACCCUGGGGGGCUCAUACACCCUCUGGUGGAGAGUUGCCUCUUUAUCCACUACCCACAGGAUGGUUGGCCAGGGAGAGGAGUCCAUCCGUGGGAUACAAAGACAUGGGCUGGGCAGGGGGGGGUGAGGAGAAAGGGCUUGAGCACAUCUUUCCUAAGAGCCGGAUCCGUAAAGUUGAAUCCCACUCAAUUUAAGAAUCCACAUGUUAUUUUAAGUAUCAAAAUGGGGCAGCAACCAAUAAUGAUGCGUUAGUGAACAUAAACUACAACAAUAAAUGCAGAUGAACAAUGCAUAGAUGACUGUGAACUAAAGUCAUGUUACUCCAAUUAGUUGUAGAGCAGUAGCAUUAGUUAACAAGGUCCAAACAUGGGGACCUUUGACAUGUUUUUUUCUCUCUCUGCAGCUGUAUACAAGUCUGCUACGGUGGUAAAAAGUGACACAGCAAACUCAUAGGAUCCUAGGUAGUGUGUAGAGUUGUGAAACAAGCGGGAGAGAUGGGGUAUGAGAAUGACAUAGGUACUCUCAAAUGAAGUGGUGUUCUCCUGAGAAAUCUGUACACGCAGUGCGGGAAAUAUGGGAACCAAGAGCAUUUCGGUUUGCGUUUCUUUUCUUUUGUUUGUAUUUUGUUUUUUAAGAAUAAUAGAGCCGGGACUGCUGGGCAGUUCCAUGCAAAGGGCUGGACCUUGACAUGCUGUUCCUGAUGCCUGUGCACACUCACAUACGCACACACUUUCUUUUCAAUUUCUUGGAUCCAAUAAGUAUUUCUUGCACACAUGCAUGGACAUACAUUAUAUCCGUCUAUACUUAUAGAGCCACAAGAUUUUUCUUGUGCACUAACAGACUAAUGCAUGUACACGUUGUAUUAGCCUAAACUCUUCAAACCACAAAGUGUUGUUCACAAACGCAUGCAUGCACACCCAUCUAUCUGGCUAUUCUUUUAGAUUCACUGUCCUACACAUGAGCGCACAAACGCACGCACGUUCCUUAACUGACCCUACUCUUUGGUCCAAAAAAUCGUUAUUACAAACACAAACACACACACACACAAAGCCCAUGCAAACAUAUCAGUCCUACCUUUAGAUCCCGCACACAGCGGGAUCUUCCUGUAAGUGUGUAGGCGGUCACAGGCUCUGGCGUCUAGUCUUUACAGAGGCUCUUGUCACUAACAGAUUUUUGUUUUGUUUCACCUUUCUCCCUUUUGGCGUGUGGACGUUUACUGCUAACUGCAGCUCACAGUUCCCUUUCUUGGAUUGAGUCAGUAUUAUGCCAUGACCUUAUGAUGUUCUAUUUUUUUUUCUUUUGUAAUAAUGUAUAGAAACACAAGACAGGAUUUCUGUAUUUGGAAGCACUGUGCAUUCAUGAUAGACCAUCGCAAAAAGAAGCACCACAAUUGUAUAAAAGCAAAAUAACUUCUUACCUCAUUGUUUUUUUGUUUUGUUUCUUAUUUGUAAUUUGUUUCUCAUAUACUUUUGAGAUGGCGGUGGAUGAGUGCCCCCUAAUUUGUCUUUUGCCUUGAUCGGAUGUCUACACAUAAAGCCUAUGAUCGUAGGGGAUUAUUUAUCACUGAAUAAAAGAGAAAAAACAA